UUAAACAAAAGUUAGUACCACAGAAAAUACAGCUGGGAAUGGGGAGUUUAUCAAUGGCAAAUAACUAAAUACACAAGUCAAUACUACAUGCAUGGUGAUAUAAGCCCUUUUCUCAUCAGUUCAACAUCCAAGCUCACACACCAAAAAAUCAACAGACAGAAAUUCAAAAUAAUUGAAGUAGAGGAUGAAGAGUAACAUCUUCACAACCAUUUUUCUCCUUCCUUGCUUUCUUUUCAUUGUAGCAAACUCUUUUUCUCUUGAUGCUCAGACUUGCAAGCCUAGUGGCAAGAUUAGAGGGAAAAAGCCUCCGCCAAAACAGUGUAACCGGGAAAAUGACUCCGACUGCUGCAUCAAAGGUAAGUUGUACACUACUUACAAAUGCUCCCCGCCAGUUUCACGCCGUACAAAGGCAACCUUAACGCUCAAUAGCUUUGAGAAGGGUGGGGAUGGUGGUAGUGCAUCAGAAUGUGACAAAAAGUUUCAUUCAGAUGAUAGACUUGUGGUGGCUCUAUCAACUGGAUGGUUUAAGAAAAAGGGUAGAUGCUUGAAAUACAUUUUCUUAUAUGGUAAUGGAAGGAGGAUUAAGGCACUAGUAGUUGAUGAAUGUGACUCGACUAUGGGAUGCGAUCGCGGCCAUGAUUACCAGCCUCCAUGUCCUAACAAUGUUGUUGAUGCUUCCAGGGCAGCUUCGAAGGCAUUGGGAGUGCCUGAGAAGGAUUGGGGUCAACUUGAAAUAUAUUGGUUAGAUACUUGCAAGCCUAGUGGCAAGAUUAGAGGAAAAAAUCCUCCACCAAAACAGUGUAACAGGGAAAAUGACUCUGACUGCUGCAUCGAAGGCGAGUUGUACACUACUUACAAAUGCUCCCCACCGGUUUCACGCCGUACAAAUGCAACCUUAACGCUCAAUAGCUUUGGGAACGGUGGGGAUGGUGGCGGUGCAUCAGAAUGUGACAAUAAGUUCCACUCAGAUGAUACACUUGUGGUAGCUCUAUCAACUGGAUGGUUCAAUAAUAAAGGGAGAUGCUUGAAAUACAUUUACAUAUAUGGUAAUGGCAGGAGGGUUAAGGCACUAGUAGUUGAUGAAUGUGACUCGACUAUGGGAUGCGAUCGCGACCAUGAUUAUCAGCCUCCAUGUCCUAACAAUAUUGUUGAUGCUUCCAGGGCAGUUUGGAAGGCAUUGGGAGUGCCUGAGAAAGAUUGGGGUCAACUUGUAAUACAUUGGUUAGAUGCUUGA